AUGGGUGCUUUAGCUUGGUUAACGGCAAAGACCAAUACUGGUGGUUGGGAAGACAGAAAGUUAAGAGUCAGAGUCACAGCUUUUGCUGUUAUUGGUUUCAUGUUAUUCGGAUAUGAUCAAGGUUUGAUGUCCGGUUUGGUCGCUGGACAACAAUUCAACUGGGAAUUCCCUGCUACUCAUGAAAAUAGUACUGUUCAAGGUGCUGUUACUGCUUCAUAUGAAUUAGGUUGUUUCUUUGGUGCACUCUUUGCUUUAUUUUUUGGGGACAAGUUGGGAAGAAGAACAGUGAUCCUUAUUGGUGCAAUGAUUUUCAUUCUCGGUGUUGUUAUUUCAAUUACUCCAUUUAGACCAUAUUGGCCCUUGGGACAAUUCGUUGUUGGUAGAGUUAUCACUGGUGUUGGAAAUGGUAUGAAUACCGCUACUAUUCCAGUUUGGCAAUCAGAAAUGUCUCGUCCAGAAAACCGUGGUAGACUUAUUUUGCUUGAAGGUAGUGCAAUUGCAGUUGGUACCCUUAUUGCUUAUUGGCUUGAUUUUGGAUUUUCUUAUAUUGAUAAUUCUGCCCAAUGGAGAUUUCCAGUAGGAUUUCAAAUGGUUUUUGCUUUCAUCUUGAUUUAUGGUGUCCUUAAUUUACCUGAAUCACCAAGAUGGUUAGUUGCUAGUGGAAGAAAGCAAGAAGCUCAUUACGUUAUGGGUAAAUUAAAUGGUGUCCCAGAAGAUGAUGAUUCUGUUUGUGCAGAAAUCACUGUUAUCUCAGAUGCAGUUAAUAGGCAUACAUCUCCUGUUGGCUUCAGAGAAUUAUGCUCUGGUGGUAAAACUCAACAUUUCCAAAGGAUGGUGAUUGGUGCCUCUACCCAAUUUUUCCAACAAUUCACUGGGUGUAAUGCUGCUAUUUAUUACUCAACUUUGUUAUUCUACCAAACUAUCUUUGAUUAUAGUAACUAUAGAUUGUCUUUGAUUUUAGGUGGGGUCUUUGCAACCGUUUAUACCCUUGCCACUAUUCCUUCGUUCUGGUUAGUCGAUUCCUUAGGUAGAAGAAAGUUGUUCUUAAUUGGUGCUGCAGGUCAAGGUGUUGCAUUUACAAUCUCCUUUGCUUGUUUGAUUAACAAGAAUACCGAGACUGCAAAGGGAGCUGCUGUUGGUAUCUUUAUCUUUAUCAUCUUCUUUGCCUUUACCAUCUUACCAUUGCCAUGGAUUUAUCCACCUGAAAUUAAUCCUUUGAGAACCAGAACUGUUUCUUCUGCUAUUUCAACCUGUACCAAUUGGAUUACUAAUUUUGCGGUUGUCUUGUUUGUUCCAAGAUUCAUUGAAAAAUCUGGUUGGGGUUGUUACUUGUUCUUUGCUGCUAUGAACUUUUCUUUCAUUCCAAUCAUUUAUUUCUUCUAUCCAGAAACUGCCGGUAGAUCAUUGGAAGAAAUUGAUAUCAUCUUUGCAAAGGCACAUAUCGAAAAGAGACAACCAUGGAGAGUUGCUGCUACUAUGCCACACUUAUCCUUACAAGAAAUUGAAGAAGAAGGUCUUAAACUUGGAUUAUAUGAUAAUGCAUUUGAAAAGGAAGAUUUGGAACAUAAAGAAAAAGCUUCGGUUUCAUCCACUGAUAAAGGAAAUGAAAUUCAUGAAACCACAACUCAACAAGAUUAA